GACGGUUUAAGCACGUCCCUCGAGGGUCGCCCCUCUUCCGUACAAGAUGGUACGGUCCGCUUUGCGCGGUAAAGUCCAUCAUCAGCAGUAAUGGCGUCCAAGGCAGGUCGAAGAGGGACGAAGCGCAAAGCGGAGGUCCAGCCCGAGGAGGAGCCGUGUCUGGAGAAGAAAGAACAAGGUGAGGAGAAAGAGGCUGAAGAUGAAGAGCAAAGUGGGCCAAAAGUCAUCAUUGAACACUGUAAAAGCUGACGAGUGUAUGGGCGUAAUGCCGAGGAGGUGAAAUCUGCCCUCUUGGCUGCCAACCCUGAACUGAAUGUGGUCCUCAACCCUGAAAAACCUCGAAGGAAUAGCUUUGAGGUCACUCUGCUGGAUGGAAGCAAAGAAACAUCUCUGUGGACUGGAAUAAAGAAGGGUCCACCACGAAAGCUCAAGUUUCCUCCACCUGAUGCGGUUGUUGCUGCCCUGCAGGAGGCUUUGAAGGCUGAAUAGAUGCCCAUAGAAGCAGUGCAUUCAGGAGAUACGACUGUUGGAAGCAAAAUGAUGAGGAGUGACUAAAGAGAGGUUCUCAGUCUCUCCCCUGAUGAGCCAAGCUCCAGCUGCCAUUGUCUUCUGGAUACACAGUGCCAUCUAGUGGAGCAUCUCUGAGCUAAAAUACCCAGUGCUGCGUUUUCAUCUUUUUCAAGCGUUCCUGUUGUCAUUUAUCAAAGGGUUCAUUGCUUUUUUGAAUAUAUUUUGCUAAAUAAAGUUUCUCAUAUUGUG